CAGUAAUUAGUGAAAUAGAUAAUUACUGCAGUAAUAAUGGUGAUGAAGAAGUAUAGAGACGGGGUUGCCCUGCCGGGCCCACGGGAGACCAUGUCCGGCAUCGCCUCCCUCAAAACGGAGUCCAAGUUGUCCCCCUCCGUGCCCCCUUCCUCCCUCCGCCUCCGCAUCCGCCGCAAAUCCACCGACACCUUCAUCCACGGCAUCGACGACCACCUCCUCGAGCUGAUCACCGACGUCCACUCCGCCGAGGACUCCGCCUCAUUCCUCCUCCCCUCCGCCGCCGGCCUCCUCCGCUCCCCCACCGCAGCCGACAUCUUCGUCAGGUCCCGGAUCAUCCGCUCCAUGUACCCCGCCGGGGGGAUGCGCCCCCGCCUCCUCGCAAGGCUCGCCAGGAUCCUCACGCGCGCAGCCAGGAACGCCACGCGCCGCCGCAAGGGCGGGGUGGUGGUGACCGGGACGGUGGAGAUAUGGCGGAAUCGGGACCUGAUGACGGAGGAGGAGGAUGAGGGGAUGGUGGCGAGGUGCGGGGGGUGCGGGUGCGCGAUAUAUUCGUUGAAGGAGUACGACGAGAGCACGGAGGACUACGGCGGCCCCUUCUGUCUCGACUGCAGGGAGUAUUACGCACCAUAGGCGGCGCACCGGAAGAAGAACUUUAUCACUGUAAUUGUUCUCCGG